AAAAAAAUUUAAGGAAAUAACAGAAACAAUUUUGAACAAGAAUGGCUUCCUUCCAUGGUUUUUGCUACACAAUUGUGAUUGCAUCUUUGUUUUUCGCAGUUGGGAAUGGUGAUGGUGAAUGGCAGCCAGCACAUGCUACAUUUUAUGGUGAUGCACAGGGUGGUGGCACUAUGGAGGGAGCUUGUGGUUAUGGUGACCUAAUGCAAGAAGGCUAUGGCUUAGAAACAACAGCCCUCAGUACGGCUUUAUUCAAUGAUGGCUUAACUUGCGGUGCAUGUUACGAAAUCAAGUGCGUCGAUUCCAAGUGGUGCCAUCCUGAUGUUUCAGUUCAAGUCACGGCGACAAACUUUUGCCCGCCUGGUGGUGAAGGAUGGUGCAGCCCUCCUAAUCAACAUUUUGAUUUAACCCAACCUAUGUUCUUAAAAAUUGCGGAAUACCAAUCUGGAAUCGUUCCGAUUCAAUAUCGACGUAUAAGUUGCAUCAAACAAGGAGGUAUUAAGUUCGGAUUAGAGGGUAAUCCUUACUUUAUUCUUGUGACAGUGUAUAAUGUAGGUGGUGUUGGUGAUGUUCAUGGAAUGUCAAUUAAGGGGUCGGAUGGUGAUUGGGUAGCAAUGAGCAGAAACUGGGGCCAAAAAUGGCAAACAGGGCAACAAUUGGUAGGGCAAAGUCUGUCAUUCCAAGUUACUACCAGCGAUGGCAAUAUGGUCCAGUCUGAUGAUGUAGCUCCCUCAAAUUGGCAAUUUGGGCAGAUUUAUGAGGGUAAACAAUUUUAAGUCUUGUUUGACAAUUUGGGCAGACUUAUGAGGGUAAAAAAAAUAAAAAAUGAUUCAGCCAUUGGAUGGACUGUUAAACCUGACCUCGUAUUGUAUGCGACUGAAUUUAUAAAUUAGCAAUCUUUGCUGUAAUCUAUCCUUUAUUUCCAAAAAAGUAAAAAUUAAAAAAAAAAUUGAACGAUUUUAUUUGAAAAA